UGGCAAGUUUCUCAAGGUUGUGAGAUGGAAACAACGUGAACUAAAAAACCCGCGUUUUUUUAUUUAAUAUCUCACGAAAUCGUUUGUGUCGCAGAUUUCCUGCAUUCUCACAUUAAUACAAAAACCCAAAUCACUGAGUGGGCACAAUGGUGGAGUAUGAAUUAUUUCAGCAACAAACAGUGUCUAUAAUGACUCUGCUGACAGAAACAGCUCGAGAAGAAAUUCAGAAAGUUCUUGACUGUGAAUGUCCCGUCACAUCCCAAACGAUUGAAAUGAAUGAGAGGCAGCGCAAACGGGCGAAGCUCACAGCGGUGAUGGAAUCCUUUACCAAGGUGGCUGUUCAGAAAAUAUGCAGACUUUACAGAUAUUGCUGUGCAACAAAGCAAACACAGUUAGAGGCCUUUAAAAAGACAACAGAAAGCAUAAACACUCAAACUGUCAUUGAUGUACCUGAUUAUGUAGAAGUAGAUGUGACUCUAUCAAUGAGUCCAGAAAGACCGGAUCUGUCACCAGAAGAAAAUGUACAACAACAAGACCCUGUUAAUGGGUGGCAGGUGUUGAGUGAUGCCAAAGAGAAACCGAUGCCAAAAGUUGUGACAGAAGCUGAAGAGCAGGAUAAUGCCUCUAUUAAAGACCAGGAACCUGAAGUAAACAAACAGGCAGAGCAAACCACUGCACAAUCAAAGAAAAGAAAGAAAAGAAAGAAUAAUAUAUCAUUUGACUGUAAUGAGUGUGGAAAGAAAUACCGCUGGAAACAUAGACUAAAGCAGCACAAGUGUAGACAAGGCACCCCUCACGAAUGUGACAAGUGUGGGAAGAAGUUUGCAUUUCUAAAAGGACUCCAAAAACACCAAAUGAACCACACUGAGAAGAAAGGAAGCUGCAAAACAUGUGGGAAAACCUUUGCAGAUCUCAAGACACAUGAACUUGUCCACCUGGAAGUAAAGCCAUACCUUUGUGGUGUAUGUGGACGUGGCUUCACUGUAAAGGGGAGUUUACAAGCACACCAGAGAAUCCACACAGGUGAAAAACCAUACAGCUGUAACACAUGUGGGAAAACAUUUUCAACCUCAGGUAACCUGGCUGGCCAUCAAAGAGUUCAUUCAAAUGAGAAACCAUGGAAAUGCAACAACUGUGACAAGACAUUCAAGACAAAAAAAAAACUGAAAUCACACCAGCUUGUGCAUACAGGAGAGAAACCUCAUACAUGUCAUGUAUGUGGCCAAACGUUUGUGCAUCUCAUGAGCCUCACAAGCCACAUUCACAUUCACAGUGGUGCAAAACGUUAUGCAUGCGUUGUUUGUGGCAAGCAAUUUAAUCUGACAAAAUAUCUGAAGAGGCACAUGGCAGUACAUGGAUCUCAAAAGUCAUUCAUGUGUGAAACAUGUGGGAAAAGUUUUGCUUUUAAUUAUGCUUUGAAGAAGCACCAGCUCACACAUAGUGAUAAUGGGAACUCUUUUCGUUGUGAGGUAUGUGGGAAGAGCUACGUUACUCUCUCUAGACUCGAAAUGCAUCAGAAGCUCCACACAGACAAUGAUCCAUACAUGUGUAAAGUCUGUGGUAGAAGCUAUAGCAGUACGAAUUCACUGAAGGAACAUGAGAAACUUCAUUCAGGGGUGGCUCCAUUCAAGUGUGAAGUGUGUGGUAAGACUUUUGCGCAGAGAGCUGGCUUGAAAAUGCAUGAAGUUGUUCAUAGCAAAGAAACACCAUACAAGUGUUCUAUCUGUGGGAAGAUGUUCGGCCUGCCAAAUUGUCUGAAAGUGCACAUGCUCAUUCACUCUGGUAAGAAACCGCACAAGUGCGAAACAUGUGGAAUGUCCUUUCGCUUAUCGGGAAGCUUAAAGCGUCACAGGCGUGUUCACACUGGAGAGAAGCCAUACAGCUGUGAAGUCUGUGGGAAAAGGUUCGGCCAACCCAACAAUGUAAAAGCUCAUAUGCAAAUCCAUACUGGAAUGAAACCCUACACAUGCCAGAAAUGUGGGAAGAGUUAUGCAUAUGUUAGAAAUUAUAAUGAUCACAAAUGUAAACCUGUAUGAAAAAAACAUGGUAGGAACUUUGAGCACCAUAUUCAUGUUGUAUUUGUGAUGUCUUUUAAUCAAAUGUUUGGUAAAACCGUAGUUGUUACUGUAGAUCCACUGUAGCUGUAAAUGUUACAGAUGUUAUUAAAGCUGUUAAGAAUUAAAAAACUAAAAACUAUUGUCUGUAAAUGUUAGACGUUCUUUUGUUAUGAAUAGAAACAGGAGCCUUCACUGACUUUACAAGUCUAAAGAGUAAAGAACUUAAGAAAGAGUAGUCUGUAAGAUUCUUUUACUAUUCUAAAAACACUUUUUAUUGUUUUACUGAUGCUAUCUACAGUAACUGAACUCUUAUAGUCGUUUACAGAUACUACAGAAUGCAAACUGAACAGCCGGAUUUGAGCUGGUCACCAACGAAAUGUUGCCAGAUUGCAAAAAAUAUUUGUGAUAGUCUUGGAAACAUCAAACAAAUCAGUAAUGUUUUACACCGCAUGCCAUAGUUUAUUAGCAAAAGUGUAAAAAUUCCUAGUUUCCAUGAAGUUGUAUAAUUUCCAGUUAUUUUUGAAAAUUAAAAUAAAUUAUUUGUUGUAAAUUGUUUUCUAUAAAGAAAACGUAACAUUUAAUGAAAAAUAUACACUGGUGGCCAAAAGUUUGGAAUAAUGUACAGAUUUUGUUGUUUCGGAAGGAAAUUGGUACUUUAAUUCACCAAAGUGGCAUUCAACUGAUCACAAAGUAUAGUCAGGACAUUACUGAUGUAAAAAACAGCACCAAAUCUAGACAGGCCCCAUUUCCAGCAGCCAUCACUCCAAUACCUUAUCCUUGAGUAAUCAUGCUAAAUUCCUAAUUUGGUACUAGAAAAUCACUUGCCGUUAUAUCAUCAUGUCAUAUUGUACUUUCAAUACAUCUAUAAGUAUGCCUAAAAAGUGGAAGCCGGUGGCUUUUUUAUUAUUUUAUUUUUUGCCAUAUUCUGUAUUUUGAAUUUUGGGGGCAUUUUUGUUCCUUUCAAUUGCAUUUGUGCCCAAAGCUCCCCUUAAUUUCUGACCCAGGACCAGGCUGGUUUUGGUUGUUUCGUUUUGUUAAUUUUUUUCUUUGCAGGGAAACUUCAACUUGCAUUAAAUAAUUCAAUAUCAUAGUAAAUCAGACGUGUUUACUGAAUUAUGUAAAAGCAUCAUUAAGCUCCACACAACCAAACACCGCUUCAUAGGCAAGACGGAAGAUACAGUGUAAAUAUACAGAUUGACUGGUAUCUUUGCAGAAAUUAAACUCACUAUGGCCAUAAUUUGAGGUACAGUUACAAAUGUUUAGAUUUUUAAACUGUACUUCAUUUCUACAUGUUUUUGGAUUAUCAGUUUAGAAACAAGACCAGAUGUCUUUUAAAGGAAGCAGUUUUGCUUUUAUGUCAUUAUUCUUCGAACUGAGCAUCUUAUGUACACUGGCGGCCAAAAGUUUGGAAUAAUGUACAGAUUUUGCUGUUUUGGAAGGAAAUUGGUACUUUAAUUCACCAAAGUUGCAUUCAACUGAUCACAAAGUAUAGUCAGGACAUUACUGAUGUAAAAAACAGCACCAUUACUAUUUGAAAAAAGUCAUUUUUGAUCAAAUCUAGUCAGGCCCCAUUUCCAGCAGCCAUCACUCCAACACCUUAUCCUUGAGUAAUCAUGCUAAAUUGCUAAUUUGGUUCUAGAAAAUUACUUAUAUCAAACACUGCUGAAAGCUAUUUGGUUCGUUAAAUGAAGCUUAACAUUGUCUUUGUGUUUGUUUUUGAGUUACCACAGUAUGCAAUAGACCGGCAUGUCUUAAGGUCAAUAUUAGGUCAGAAAUGGCAAAAAAAGAAACAGCUUUCUCUAGAAACUCGUCAGUCAAUCAUUGUUUUGAGGAAUGAAGGAUAUACAGUGCUUGAAAUUGCCAAAAAACUGAAGAUUUCAUACAAAGGUGUACACUACAGUUUUCAAAGACAAAGGACAACUGGCUCUAACAAGGACAGAAAGAGAUGUGGAAGGCCAGAUGUACAACUAAACAAGAGGAUAAGUACAUCAGAGACUCUAGUUUGAGAAAUAGACACCUCACAUGUCCUCAGCUGACAGCUUCAUUGAAUUCUACCCACUCAACACCAGUUUCAUGUACAACAGUAAAGAAAAGACUUGGGAUGCAGGCCUUAAAGGAAGAAUUGCAACCAAAAAAAAAGCAACAUUUGAAACAGAAAAACAAAGAAAAGUUUAGAGUGAGCAAAGAAACACAGACAUUGGACAACAGAUAAUUGGAAAAGAGUGUUAUGGAUCUUAACCCCAUUGAGCUUUUGUGGGAUCAGCUAGACUGUAAGGUGCUUGAGAAGUGCCC